AUGCCAAAAAGCAGAAUCAAAUUAAGGUCAAGCGUCUUUGCAACAGAUAAUAAAGCUUCGCCCCUAAGUCCAACAGAAUCAACUUCAAAAUACUUCAGUUCGAAAACAAGUGAUACCGAGUUUAACGUACCCAGCAAUUCACCACCUAAACCAGCGAAGCGUCAAAUAGCGCGUAAACAUAUCAAACAUGUAAUCAUUCAAACGGAAGAGUCUUCUACUGAUACAGCAAAUCUAUCCAAUGCUUUACCAUCGAAAAAAUUGAUAGAUAAAUUAGAAAAAAGUUUGGACAAGGAACCACCUGUCAAUUGGGAUAUUGUAUACGCGGCAAUUAAAGAAUUUCGCCAAAGCAUCGUAGCUCCCGUAGAUACAAUGGGUUGUGAGAGGUUGGCUGACGAACCAUCUGAUAUUAUCACACCACAGACAUCAAGAUUUCAGUCUCUUGUAGCUUUGAUGCUUUCUUCGCAAACGAAAGAUCAGGUUACUGCCGCAGCAAUUCAAAAUCUUCGUCAAAAACUUCCGGGAGGGUUAAACUUGGAUAGCAUAUUACAAGCCGAAGAGGAAUUCUUAGACGAAUGUAUUUCUAAGGUAGGUUUUCACCGUAAGAAAGCCAAAUAUUUGAAACAAUCAGCUAAAGUAUGUAAAGAAGAAUAUGACAAUGAUAUACCCGAUACUGUUGAAGGUUUAAUGAAAUUACCCGGAGUUGGACCAAAGAUGGCAUAUCUUUGUAUGCAAGUUGCUUGGAAACAAAAUCAAGGCAUAGGCGUUGACGUUCAUGUCCACCGAAUAUCAAAUCGGCUUGGCUGGUGUAAAACAGAAAAAGUUGGUCCAGAAAACACUCGACAGUCAUUGGAAUCAUGGCUUCCAAGGUCAUUAUGGCGAGAAAUAAACCCAAUACUUGUUGGAUUUGGGCAAACUACAUGUUUGCCAAGAUAUCCAAAAUGUUCUAGCUGUCCUGUUAGCAAUAUGUGCCCUUCUGCAAAUUUUUAA